UUCCGGUCCACAUGUAAACGCCAGAGUGUGACAAACAAGAGGUUGACAGACUGAAAUUAUCUGUGUACAUCUAUCAGAAAAAUACAGUUGAAGCAGUGACUAUUUGCUGUAAACAUGAAGCUGCUCACGCACAACAUGUUGACAUCUCACGUGAAGGGGGUCACGAAAGGAUACCCGCUGCUCAUCAAGGCAACUGAGGUGAAGAUGAAUGAGGUGGAGUUCAACCCCCAGUUUGUCAGCCGUAUGAUCCCCAAACUGGAGUGGAGCGUUCUGGUCAAGGCUGCUGAGGAGUUGGGUCAACGGCAAGACCUGCCGGGUGAGCUGGUGGCAGAUUAUGAGAAAGACACUGAGUUCCUGAAGAAGGUGCACAAAGUACUUUUAGAGGUGGAGGUGAUAGAAGGCUGCCUGCAGUGCCCCGAAUCAGGACGAGAGUUCCCGAUUUCCAGAGGAAUCCCCAACAUGCUUCUGAACGAAGACGAGGUGUAGACGGCACCAAACACAACCUCCCCCCUCACUCGGAUGGGACUGUGGGUAUUCAGAGAGAGAGAAGAGAGAGAGGCUGGACCCUGGUUUAAGUUGGCACCGUUAGAGAACCGGCCACACUGUUUGGUUGAUUGCAGUUAUGACAUUUAAGUGGUCGAUGCUGCCAAUGGAGGAAAAAGAUUUGAAGUAUAACAGAUGGAAAUGUUCCCCGAGAGUAACCCCCAGUGGUUUUAUCUGUAUUUAUUUUUGUAUGUUUUUGGGCUCCUUCUUUUUCAAUAAAACUGUCUUAAUUUCCAUAA